UUUUUUUUCCGAUCCCCCUCCCCCCCUUCCCUCUUUUUGCUCGUGAGCGGCCGAGAUAACUCUACGUAGUGAUUAAGAGCGGAGCAAUUUUCUAAAAAAAAUAUUUAUAAAUACAAGACAGUGGAAAUCAACUUCGGACAGGACGAUGGCUCUCGCUUUGGGCAGAUAGUUGAGAGGAAACGCUCUCGUGGCAGCUGCGGGGUUUCACAGAGCGCGCGCUGCGCGGGCCAGCGGCAGCAGCACCGCUGCGCGAGCCAGACCAACACUAACCGACAAUCAGCAGCCUGUCUGAAGACACACACCGCGGGGGUAAGCUCCGUCUGAGACGUGUAUUCGAGGAAGGCCUGGUGGGAAGUGGACCUCAUGCAGAUUAAUGCUAGGUCAUUCUGUGCUGUCUGCAUUCUACCACUCAAAUGCCUGUCUGCUUGUGGAGGAGGUGUAACUAAGGAUUCACACGUUUCAUCAGCUGGCCUGGGCUUCCUGCUGCAGCAGCAACCGCCACCAUCAUGUUCUGGAAGUUUGACCUGAACAACACCUCCCAUAUCGACCAGCUGCUGGAUCGAGAGGGAGUUACUCUGAGGGAGUUGAUGGAAGAGGAGGAUGUCCUGCAGGAGUGCAAAGCACAGAAUCGCAAACUCCUGCUCUUCCUCUCCAAGGAUCACUGUAUGCAGGAGCUGGUCACCCUUAUUACAGAGGAGCCCCCUGCUGACCUGGAAGAGAAAACCCGCUUCAAGUUUCCAAACAUUGCCUGUGAGCUCCUGACCUCUGAUGUGGCUCUUAUCAAUGAUAAGCUGGGUGGAGAUGAAUCCCUUUUGGAGAAGCUCUACCACUUUCUGGAGCAGGAGCCACCCCUUAAUCCCCUGCUGGCGUCUUUCUUCAGCAAAACCAUUGGCAACUUGAUUGCACGUAAAACAGACCAGGUAAUCUCUUUCCUAAGGAAAAAACACAACUUCAUCAGUCUGGUGCUGAAUCACAUUGAUGCCUCAGCCAUGAUGGAUCUUUUGCUGCGCCUCAUCAGCUGUGUAGAGCCUGCCCUCUUGAGGAUGGAGGUCCUCAAUUGGCUGAAUGAAGAGAGACUCAUCCAGAGACUCACAGAGCUCAUGCACACAGGAAGAGAUGAAGAGAGACAAUCUAAUGCAUCCCAGACUCUUUGUGACAUCAUUCGACUUAGUCGAGACCAGGCCAAUCAGCUGUCAGAGGUCACUGAACCAGACCCCUUACUAGCUGUAUUAGAGUCUCAGGAGAAUGUGGCAGAGCUUUUGAAGAACAUGUUUGAAGGGGAAAGGACUGAAGCAUCUGUCGUCAAUGGAACACAAGUGCUUCUUACGUUACUGGAGACACGAAGGUCAGGGUUGGAGGGUCUGAUGGACCUGUAUUCUCAGGGAUGUGAAAGGUCUUACACUGUCAGCAGCAGUAUUUUACGUGCUAUUGAGCCUCAUCUAAAGGACUUCCAGCAGCUCCUACUGAACCCUCCUACGAGAAGUGCAAUACUCACUACAGUGGGCGUUCUGGAGCAGCCCCUGGGGAGCGCCCGCCUUCAUGUGGCCAAACUGGUGGCUUCUCUUUUGCAGACUUGUGACCUCAGCAUCUGCCAAGAGAUCUGCAGACUCAACACCAUGGACCUGCUGUUGGAUUUAUUCUUUAAAUACACCUGGAAUAAUUUCUUGCACUUGCAAGUGGAACUGUGUGUGGCAUCCAUCCUGAACCACUCUGCCCAUGCCGACCACCAGAACCCAGGUCUGCAGAACCACGAGGAGAGACCAGCUACAGGCACAGGCAGCCAAGUGGAGGAGGGAACACCGGGCCAGAACAGCACCUCAGACCCAGCAAACACGCCUAUUCAAGAUGCUCUCGUUGCCAAUCUCUUUCAGCAUUGCCGGCUGGUGCAAAGGAUUCUGGAUGCUUGGGAGGAAAAUGACAAAAUCCAGGCUGAAGGGGGAAGGCGGAAGGGAAAUAUGGGUCACCUGACAAGAAUUGCAAACACUGUGGUUCAAAACCUGGAGAAGGGGCUGGUUCACUCUCAAAUUAAUGACCUAAUUAAAGAGCUGCCAGAGGACUGCAGAGGCCGCUGGGAGGGUUUUGUGGGUGAGACCCUGAGAGAGACCAACAGGAGAAACACAGUGGAUCUGGUCAGCACCCAUAACUUACACUCAUCUAGUGAAGAUGAUGACAUGGAGAGCCCCUUCCCCAAUGAUCUGUCCAUCCAACAGGCAUUCUCUGAUUACCAGAUUCAGCAGAUGACCGCCAACUUUGUGGAUCAGUUUGGUUUUAAUGAUGAAGAGUUUAGUGAGCAUGAUGAAAAUAUCAAUGCUGCGUUCGAUCGAAUUGCUGAAAUUAACUUCAAUAUAGAUGCAGAUGAUCAUAGUGCCAAUGCUGCAGCUUUUGAAGCGUGUUGUAAAGAAAGAAUCCAGCAGUUCGAUGACUGUGAGGAAGAAGAAGAUAUUUGGGAUGAGAAAGAAAUAAACUAUGCAACACAAAUCAAAUCCAGAUCGAGGUUCGGGGUGUCUCUUUCUUCAGAUAAUUCACCCAAGAGUGCUGUGAGGAAUGGGGGUGGAGGCCGCGGGUCGGGCUCUGAGGAAGAGGAUGUUGAGGAAGAGGCCAGUCCUCAGAAGUCUGCAGCAGCUCAGACUCAAAAUCCAGGCUGGACGGCGAGUUUUGGCGAGACCGAGGUGAGCUCCUCUAGCGCCUGGGGUGGUUCCCCUCAGCAGGAAGGUGAGGGUCCGCAGGACACAAGCUGGGCAACUUUCACUGAGUUCCAGCCUUUCAGCAGCACAGAGUCCAGCCAGAGUGAGGGACAACCUCAACAAGGCCAAGAAAAAAAAUUGGCUGGCAGUGGUUCGGCUACUGGAGCGUUGGAAGGAAGUCCUGGGCAAAAAGUCCCUCUGGUGGCCUCAGACAGCAGCUCGUCUGGAGGCUCAGACAGUGAAGAGGACCCUGGAGAAAAUAAGACAGAGGGUUCCCCUAAAACACCUGCCAACCAGACAACAGCACCCAUGAGCGAGGUGCCUACUGAAGCUCUGGAGAAGCUCAGCAUUGCAGACAAUAGCGAGUCUUCAGCACCUACAGAAGAGUCGGAUGCCACCACUGUGACGGACAUGAGAGUCAAAACCCCUUCUUCAGCUGAGAUCACACCUAACGGACCGGUCUGAAGGCUCUGGAUAGGAAUCCGACCCACUCUCCGCCUCUUCCAUUCUGAACCCCCAAACCUCAAUACCACUUUUGGUGUUUAAAUAAAGAAUGCUGCCAUGUUAUUGGUCCUGGAUACUGCCAAUCAGCCCAUAAUUGGAGGAGGAAGCCAGGGGCAUAUAACACAAACCAGUACAGUGCUCAGAGGUGUUAGUCUUUUAAUCCUAUCAACUAUGUAUGAGAUAUGCACAGUUUUAAAUGUAGCAGUGACCGUGUGAUUACAGGAUCUGUCAGGACUUCUUUUUUCCUCGGUUUGUGUCCCUUCCUUAAUUUUUCUGGAUUUGUUUUUUCGCGCUCAGCCUUGGAUGGUAGGAAACAGGGAUGUUAAGGUCCUAAUUGGAAAGCACAGGGUCAUCCUUCACGGCAUAACGUUUGGAACAUCCUCAUGCAAAACCGAAAGCCUUGUUGCCUGUCAACAGCCUCUGCAACAAUUUACUGUAUGUUGAAGCACAACUGAAAUCUUCUGUAAUGCUUGUCAUGUUUCUGCACAGGUCACCGCCCCACCAAGUACACUUUGAAACAUUAUUAUGGCCUGAUCUUAUUAAAUCAUGUAUUUGAAUGUUCUGAAGUGCUUUGGGGCACAAAUGAAUGACUUAAUACUCUGACAUGGUGUCCAUGUUGGCACUUGUGCAGUAAUGUUUAGCCAUGUAAUUUAAAUUUGACUCAUUUGGAAACUAGACAUUAAUGGUGGGGGUGUGCCUAUUUGAUUUUUGUUUUUAUUUGGACUUUUUCAUUGCAUGCAAAACGUUAUUUAUCAUGCAUAUACAAGCAGCCAUUUUUUUUCUUCCAUUCUAGGUAGGUUGUCAAGACCUUCUGAUUGUAUUAAAUUACAUUUGUCCAUUUUUUUUCCCUCCACUCAGACCAACUAAACAGUUUCUACCUAAUUUUCUAGUGCAUUUUUCAAGCUUGCCAAAAAUUUAAUCAUGGGUUUAAAGCAAAAAGCUUAAAGUAAUCAUAAUAACCUUUGCCUUAAGUUACAAAUCCUUCAAAAUCCCUGUAACAGGACAGAAGGGUUUGCCUCAAAGCAGACAUGCUUGUUUUUGUCUCUUUUUAAAUGUCUUCCAGUCUCUAAAAAACUGGCCCCCAAAAUGUUAUUUGUAUCCGUGUCAAACACCAAUGCCCAAUUCCCGAAGAGGCCAAAAACUCUAGUAUAUUAUACCAUAAGAAGUACUCCACAGGACAGUGUUAUGCUUUUUUUUUUUUUUAAAUCAGAACUCUUGUUAUAUGCUGCCAGACAGACAUUUUGAACUUGUCUCAGAACCUUCCAGUAGCUCUCGUUGAAAAAUACCAAGAUCAUCCUCUUUUAAUAUUUUUAUUAUUAUGUGAUUAUUUUUCCCCGCUCCAGGAAUUUUUUGGCUAUCACAUUUCACAUCUCUGCAAGCUUACUAUGGUACCAAAUCUGUUGGAUUAUAGGAUUGGGAUAUUGCAUUAUUUAUUUUGCACUUAAUGUGGGGUUAGUGUGGAAAAGUGUUCUCUCAUCAAGCAUUGGAACGCUGUGUAUUUUUUUUUUUUUUUCUUCGCUCUUCACGAUCUUUGCCCCUGGAGUGUAAAUCCUCCAUUGACUCUCAUUGCUUCUUAUAUCUAUGACGUGUUCAAAUAGGUUUGUUUCCAAAGCCAAAAGUAUGUAUUUUUUUUUUUUUUUUUACUUUAACCAAUAUUAUUUUACAUAUUUGUAGAGAUUCUAAUUUAUGUGAUCUUCAGCAACCAAAAUAUUGCUGUUCAAUUCAGUUCCUGUGUCUGGACUUUCUGUACAUUUACAGCUAUAGGUUGAGAGUCUGAAGCCUUGUAUUCAGUUAUCAAGUCUGUUACACAACUAUAGAUCUUUAACAGAUUAUGGCUGUAUUAUUAUUUAAUUUAAAAAGCAGCAAAACGUUUAUUUUUUAUAUUAAUAUGUCUGUCCCGGGUUCGAUUCUAUUUAUUACCACGUAAGAUAAUUUUGUCUCGUUUCUCAGAUUGUACAAGAAUAUGUGUUCACAGUCAUCCACUUCCAGCAGAAGUUUACUUCAAGACGUUGCUCUGGUAUAAACUUUAAAUGUCCUGUUUCUGAAGUAAAGCUUUAGCCAAGUGUGAUGAAACCACUUUAUAGGCGCCCCUUGUGGAAGUGGAAUACUUGAUUGUUAUUGGCCAUGUGCUGUCGCGAGUACGCUCAUCCGGGUAACUGAACUGCUCACUUUCCUUUACUAGAACGUAAAUGGCGCCAUCAUGUGUCUCCGUUAUCAAUUGUAGAAAAAAAAAUCAGGUACAGAGAUUUUAAAUAUUUAUUGUUCGCGGUCCCCCCCCCCCCCUUACUGAUAAAUGGCGAGUUAGACCACAACCACGUAUUAAAUAUAACACGUUUUUUAUUUAAUUGAAACUGAAAGAGGUCGAAAUUAUUCUGUGGUAAGCAUCGAACCUGGAACAUUUUUUGUACAGCUGUCCAAGCCCCCUACAAUUCUCUCCCGCUAGAACACAAUGAGCUCGAUUGGAUUUCACGCACUUGUAAAUAGAGUUUCUAUAUGUCCUUGCCAUAAUAAUAAUGCUGGGUUUGAGCAGGUGGAGGGGAAGGAUAAAUGAAUGAACAGUUCCCAUGUUUCACUCAGAGCACUUCCCGCUUGUUGUCAUUAGCUUUAGAGAAUGCGUAUAAUGAGACGAGGAGUUGGUCAGAAUUGAAGGUAUCCAUUGACGGCAUAAAAAGUAGUUCUCAGCACAUUUGACAUUUGUAUAGACUGGGUCUGUACAUUAUAUUGUUGCCUACAUCAGUACCUAUAUAUUUUGAUAUUUUCAGAAUGGAAUAAACCUGUUAUUGAAAGAAA